CUGCAUGGGAAUGAAUGCAGGUGCAGGAAGCGCAGAGAGUCCACGCUAUCGAGAUUGUCGAUCACGCGAGUGGGUGGCGCGUGUACGAGGCUUGUAUUUGUAGCAAUAGCACAGUGAGAAGACAAAGCGCACUCGUUUCGUUGAUCACCGUUCCCCUGCCGGUGACGGAAUUCAAAAACACCCGCCUCUUUCUCUCUCUCUCUCUCUUGCUCUGACCAGAAUCUGUUCCAUUCAUCUUCUCUGGUUUCGAUUCCAAUUCGCUGGGUUGGACUGCAUCUCUUUCUUACAGUAUGUAUUGUGUAAAUUGAGAGAAAGGUAGGAAUGCUAUGGUUGCAUAAUGAUCGCAAGAGGUGGUUCCAUAUUGGGAGUAGCCUGAGGGCUAUUGGUUAAUCUUCUGGUAUUUAGGCGCCUGAAAUCUCUUCGUAGUUUCAUUUCUCUAACUGGACAGAACAAAUUCAGGAUUGGGCAUGCUUUUUAUCUAGUCUGUCUUUGAUGAUGAGAUCUGAAGAUUGAUGACAAAUAGUCUGGUUUGGGUAUCAAAAACAAAAAUCAAGUUGAGUGGUAUUUUGCUGGAAAAUAAUGGAAGCACAUCCUACUUUCUCCAUUGAAAGAUCAAAGCAACUCAAUAACAUGGGGAUGUCUGGAGCACUUUCUUCAUCUUUGUCAAUCCUUCCAAUACCCACAGAAGAUAUGUAUCCUAGGCUGCCUGAAUCACAGUUGGAUAUUGUAGAACAAGAGCUUGUGACAAGACCUUAUACUAAUUCAAGUUAUUUGAAUUCAAAUGGAGUAGUUGGGCAUAUUUUUUCGUCUUCUUCUGGAUAUUCAACUGACCUUCAUCACUCAUCUCUUUCACCUGAUGAAAAGCACUCUACUAACGCUCGUUUUAUUUCACAAUCAUCAACCAACAUUGCCCAAUUUCCAUUAUCAUAUUCUUCGAAUACUGGACCACCAACUUCAGCAGCACCAAGCCAUUUUUCCAAAGAAAACAGUGCUUCCUGGCAUACAGAGUCCCUGCCCAGUUUUCUGGAUUUUCCUGCACAUCACUCAAUGGACGAUAACAGAGUAGAAAGUAGUGAUUGCCCUAUAAUGGCAUCCGAGGAGUAUUGCAAGCAAAAUGAUUGGCAGGAGUGGGCUGAGCGGCUAAUCAGUGAUGAUGACACUUUGACUUCUAAUUGGGAUGACCUUCUUACUGACAACAUUCGAGACAUUGAGCCAAAGGUGCCAUUCCAGGUUGCAAAAUCACUUUCACAGUUUCCAGGACAUCAAUCCCAAGGUCUACAACUUCCUGCUUCAUAUGGAGACAAUUGCUCUGGAGCUACCCUCUCCUCCUCAUCAAAUUCUACUCCUGCCAAGUCACGAAUGCGUUGGACACCAGAACUUCACGAGGCGUUUGUGGAGGCUGUCAACCAACUUGGGGGAAGUGAAAGAGCUACUCCAAAGGGUGUGCUGAAGCUCAUGAAAGUUGAAGGAUUAACUAUAUAUCAUGUGAAAAGCCAUUUGCAGAAAUACAGGACAGCUAGGUAUAGACCGGAGUCAUCUGAAGGAGUAACGGAGAAAAAAGCAGGUUCCAUUGAAGAUAUGGCAUCUCUAGAUUUAAAAACUGGUAUUGAGAUCACUGAAGCUCUACGACUACAAAUGGAGGUUCAGAAGCGGUUGCAUGAACAGCUAGAGAUUCAAAGAAAUUUGCAGCUGCGAAUAGAAGAACAAGGAAGGUACCUCCAGAUGAUGUUUGAGAAGCAAUGUAAAUCUGGAAGUGAAGCGUUGAAGGCAUCAUCAUCUACCAUUGAGACUCAAUCUGGAGUAUCUUUGAAUGCCACGAGAGACUUCGCGGUCAAAAAUGUUUUAGAAGCAUCACAAGUAGAGCAUUGUAGGUCAGAAGCUGAUCAUGCUAACCGCAGUACCACAGUUGAGGAAGGCUCGCUGGAAAAGGGUGGGAAUGCUGAUUCUCCCAAAACUCAACAUGUUAUUGCUAGUGAUGACAGUGCAGAAGCCCCAAAACGUCAAAGAACAGAGUAAGCCAUAUGAUGGGUGGAGGUCGUAAGUUAUGAGUUUCUUCUGUCCUAUUGUCAUGAAAGAGUGCAAUGUACAUUUAGCAGAUGAUGUCACCUCAAUUGCUUAGGUCAAGUUUUGUUGUUAUAAAUCCUUUUUGUUAGGUAGUUUGUAAAUGUCAGUAACUGUAAGCCAUACUUGAGCUUGCGCAUACUCUAUCCUUGGAAUGCAGAACCCUUUAUGCGCCCUGGAUUACCGUUCCCCACAUCAAUAAAAAGCAAAUAAUGAGUCAA